AUGUUGAAGUACUUUAUUGGAUUCGUAUUGGUGGUACUUAUUCUAGCAUAUGGUACUAUUAUCUUCUUUUCUCAUACUCCAAGAUUACCAUUCCCUAAUGAAGCAAAAUAUAUAACGAAUGACAACAGUUCAAAUACAUUAUAUGAUUUACCUCCAAGGAUAACUUCUACUUCAACUCCACAUAAGAAUGAAGAUGGCAUUGUAUUGAGUAUUGUUAUUCCAUGUUAUAAUGAAACCAAACGUUUAGGAAAGAUGUUGGAUGAAGCAGUGGAAUAUUUAGUUGAUAAUUAUAAUCAUAAAUUUGAAAUAUUAAUUGUUGAUGAUGGAUCAAGUGAUGGAACUGAUAAAUUUGCAUUAAAGAAAGCUACUGAAUUGAAUUUAAAACCUCAUGUAUUAAGAGUUAUUCAAUUACAACAAAAUAGAGGUAAAGGUGGAGCAGUGACUCAUGGUUUAUUACAUACUCGAGGUAAAUAUGGAUUAUUUGUUGAUGCCGAUGGUGCCACUAGAUUUUCAGAUAUUGGUAAAUUAAUUGAAUUUAUGAAUAGUUUAAAACCAAAUGAACCUGGUGUUGCCAUUGGAUCUCGUGCUCAUAUGGUAAAUACUGAUGCUGUGGUUAAAAGAUCAUUCAUUAGAAAUUUCCUUAUGUAUGGAUUACAUACCUUAGUUUAUAUUUUUGGAAUUAGAGAUAUUCAAGAUACUCAAUGUGGAUUUAAAAUGUUUAAUUUUGAAUCUAUAAAAAGAAUUUAUCCUCAUAUGCAUACUGAAAGAUGGAUUUUUGAUGUCGAAGUUUUAUUAUUAGGUGAAAUUCAAAAAAUUAAAUUAAAAGAAUUACCAGUUAAUUGGCAAGAAAUUGAUGGAUCAAAAGUUGAUUUAGCAAAGGAUUCAAUUGGUAUGGCUAUUGAUUUAGUGGUUACUAGAUUGGCUUAUUUAUUAGGAAUUUAUAAAUUAAAUGAAUCAGGAAGAUUAAAUAAAAAGAAUUUAUAA